UUCUAUUCUAUUCUAUUCUAAACAUGAUAUUUAUUGUUUGAUGGUUGUUGUCAUGGUUAUGUUGUUAUUGGAAUCCAAUAAAUAAGUAGACUGAAGUGAACUAUAUGAUAAAUGAGCAUCAUAUAUGAAACUACCUAAAAGGAAAGCCUUGUCUGUAUUUUGACUGUGAGUGUAAACAAGACAGUAAAUAAACAGGAGCCAGUGGUUCUCGUGUAGUGUGCGUCUCUGCCAGCAGAAGUCGCUUUUUUACCUCCAACGCUUCAUCAAAGCCUUCUACUUCCUGCCCGAGCAGAUCAGUUCAGGAAGAAGAAAUCAUGGCGACGCUUUUGGGGUCCGAGUCCCCUUGUACUGGAGGAAAACGAAGACAUUGCAACGGCAACAUCGUCUCAAAGGUCACAGCCAGUAAAAUCACCGGGCAGGGAUACAGUCGAGGAACACAGCUCCCAGUUGGCCUGCUCCAGGAGAGAGAUAAACGGGCCAAAUGGCAUGGCAUCCCUACUCUGCUGCAAAAGCUCUAUGAGAGCAGCCAUCCCAACAGUGACCUCUCACAUGCCCACAGCUUUCUAAAGGUUUUAUCAUCCCAGCUCUCCAUGGAGGCCAUGUCUUUUGUCACAGAGGACAGGAAGACUGCUCAGGAAUCCACCUUCCCCAACACACACACCUUUGACCUAUUUGGUGGAGUCGAUCUGCUUGUGGAGAUUUUGAUGAGACCUACAUUAACAAUUCAGAAGAAAAAACCCAAAAUGAAUGAUGAAUUGGUCAAAGACUGCCUUAGUGUUCUCUACAACUGUUGCAUAUGUGUAAACGGAAGGGUCACAAAGAGCCUGGCGUCGAGGGAUGACUUUGUUCUGUUUCUCUUCACCCUGAUGACAAACAAAAAGACCUUUCUGCAGACUGCAACCCUAAUUGAAGAUAUCCUUGGAGUUAAAAAGGAGAUGAUUCAGUUGGAGGGCAUCCCUAACCUGUCAGGCCUGGUCCAAAGCUUUGACCAACAACAACUAGCCAACUUCUGCCGCAUCCUCUCAGUCACCAUCUCUGAACCUGAUGUAGGAAACGAUGACAAGCACACCCUGUUGGCCAAAAAUGCCCAGCAGAAACGCAAUGCUAGCCCCUCACGGGCAGAGGUCAACCAGGUUACCCUUCUGAAUAUUCCUGGCUUCAUCGAGCGGCUGUGUAAGCUGGCAACUAGAAAAGUGUCUGAGGCCACAGGAGCCAACUUCCUGCAGGAGCUGGAGGACUGGUACACUUGGCUAGACAAUGCUCUGGUGCUGGAUGCCCUCAUGCAAAUGGCAACAGAGGAACCUGAACAAAGCAGUACUGAGUCAUCAGAUGAGAGUUCCCUCGCCACCAGCCCUCUGAGACAUCGGCUGCCCCAGUCCAUGAAGAUUGUCCAUGAGAUCAUGUACAAAGUGGAAGUGCUAUAUGUGCUGUGUGUUCUUCUCAUGGGCCGACAAAGAAACCAGGUCCACAAGAUGCUGGCAGAGUUCCGUCUCAUCCCAGGGCUCAAUAACCUGUUUGACAAACUGAUCUGGAGGAAAUACACUGCCUCAAAUCAUGUGGUACAUGGCCAGAAUGAGAACUGCGACUGUAGUCCGGAAAUAUCCUUUAAAAUCCAGUUCCUUAGACUACUUCAGAGUUUCAGUGACCAUCAUGAAAACAAAUACCUCCUGCUGAAUAGCCAGGAGCUGAAUGAACUGAGUGCCAUAUCCAUGAAGGCCAACAUCCCUGAGGUCGAAGCCCUGGUCAACACAGACAGAAGCCUUGUGUGUGAUGGGAAGAAGGGUCUCCUCACACGCAUCCUCACUGUCAUGAAGAGGGAACCUCCAGACUCAUCCUUCAGAUUCUGGCAGGCAAGGGCAGUGGAGUUUCUCCGUGGAGCCACCUCCUAUGCAGACCAAAUGUUCCUUCUCAAGAGAGGACUACUAGAGCACAUCCUAUUCUGCAUCAUAGACAGUGGAUGCACAUCCCGAGAUGUCCUACAGAGCUACUUUGAUCUGCUGGGAGAGCUCAUGAAGUUCAACAUUGAUGCCUUCAAAAGAUUCAACAAAUAUGUCAACACUCCAGAGAAGUUUCAGACUUUCCUAACACAGAUCAACAGUUCUCUGGUGGACUCUAACAUGCUGGUACGCUGCAUCGUCCUGUCAUUGGACCGCUUUGAGAGUCAAACCGAAGAUGUUAAAGUGGUGGAGGUACUUUCAGAGUGCUGCCUGCUGUCCUACAUGGCCAGAGUUGAGAACAGGCUUUCCUUUCUCUUUCGCCUGAUCAACAUCAUCAACGUACAAACUCUCACACAGGAGAACGUGAGCUGUUUAAACACCAGUUUGGUGAUCUUGAUGCUGGCCAGGAGAAAAGCUAAACUGCCCUUCUACCUCAAUGCCCUGCGGGAGAAGGAGUAUGCUGAGAAGUACCCAGGCUGCCUGCUCAACAACUUCCACAACUUACUGCGCUUCUGGCAGCGCCACUACCUCAACAAGGACAAAGACAGCACCUGUCUGGAGAAUAGCUCUUGUAUUCCCUUUAGCUACUGGAAGGAGACGGUGUCUGUGCUGCUGGGUUUAGACAGGACUUCUCUGUGUGCCAUAGCGAGCUACAUUGAUGAGCCCUUCAUGGACCUGGACAGAGACCUGCUGGAGGAUUGACCCUGAGUGUGCAAACAGGGGAUGGGACAGGGCAGAGGGUCACAGGGAGCAAGGACACCUCCAGCUGGUGAAGACUCCUCUGAGCUGAGCCAUCCAGGCACUUUGGGACUGUGCUCUGGAUGUAAAGACUCACAUGCUUGCUUUUGGUACCUUUGCAUGGAGGCUGUCAUCGGUAUGAGGGGACGUGAUUCGCACUAAAUUUCCGUGCUUUUUUUUUUCAAAGGAAGAGGGGGAAACCUUUAUGCCCACGCCUGAUCAGCCGCAUUAUUUAACAGACGAUUAAGGGACUUAGUGAAAUGACACCUGCAUUGGUUGUUUGUUGUAGGUGAACCUCAAAUAGAGCCUUUUUAUAUAACCUAUACAAAAAUCUAUUGAAAAAAUAUGUAUGAUUCAACAAACUAUAUGUUAGAAAAAAAUAUUCUUUUCACAUGGUUGGCCACAGAGUAAACUGUCCUCCUGAUGCAUCACAGGGCUGCCAGGAGUCACCAGCCUCAACCACCCACUACCUACACGCUCCAGGAUGACUCCGUGCCAAUUCAACACCUUACCUGCUGGCUGAUUAUCUGGUGAAUUUUGAGUUUUUACAGGGGUCUUAAAGAACAGCAUUUUCAUUUUACCUACCUGUUGGUCUGUUAUGUUUGGUGCUUUCUGGCUCUUUGGCACAUGGAGAUAGCUUGUGGGCAGGAUGACACAUUUCACAAGUCGUGCAGGGCUCUUCAACUAAAACCCUCCACUCUCAUGGCGUCUGAAGAUUCAUCCAGGGGCUCGUUUCUUUACCAGGUUAUUUUUGUUGACUUACUUUUCUUUUUCCUGUUGAGAAAAAAAAGGCUUUUAGCUCUGGACAAACUGUAGAAUAAAGGAUGCACAGGUAAAAAUUGUUUCUGUUUAUAUAUUUUAACACAUUUGUUGAUUAAAAAGGUCUUCAUUUUGUAACAAUUUGUAUUGAUGUUCUGAGAGAUGCUUUAGUAAAAGAAUAAACUAUGCAGGCACUAGUGUUAA